UACAUCGCCUGACUUGGGAAACGGACGAAGCUUGGCGUGGGUUGGUUGUCUCUUGUACACGGUUGGAAUGGCAGACGUCUUUUCUUUGCCUGUUUUGUAUGUCAGGGAUGGAGGCUGUCUUCCAUGUUCCUAUUCUUGUUCCUCAAUGUUUUCUUCUCACCCAUGUUAUAUCCCGUACCUUUACAACUUGGUCCUUUGACUUAUUCUUGAUCAGAAACAAUCACAAUGAACACUAUUUAUUCCACAACUUGUUUUUCCUCCCUCUAUUUAUAACCUACUUGGACUUUUUCAUUACAAUUUCCAAUCCCCAAGAACGGAGAAGAGCGAGCGAACUGGGCUUUUUUUGGCGGCAUCUACCCUGGAGAUGAAAUCAUCUUGAAAAUGAAAUCGAAGGCGAGUUGAGGACACACAGAUACCUCCGAGUUGGCUAGAAAGAGCUUCGACAAAUUCUCUCCUCCUUCGCGCUCUCGGCAUUAUUGUAAACCUUCAGAAGAACAGUCAUAAAUCAUCAAAGAAGAAAACAUCCCUCUUCUG